CAUUGCUCCAUCUCUACAUCCCAACCCUCCCUCGCCAUCCACCAGAUCAAGGUGCUUUGUGGGAUCCAUCAAGCUCAGAGACUGCAGCAGACAACCGGACAGCAACGCUACAACAUGUCCACAACAGCAUUCUCUGGCGCGCUCUCCCAGAAGCGCAAGGGCGAGAUUGUCGAGAUUGCCCAGGCCCUCAGCAUUGACACGACCGACGGCAAGCUCGUCGAGCUCCGCGAGCGCGUCCAGGAGAAGCUCGACACCGAGUCGGACUCGCUCAAGGCCGACCCGCGCUUCAAGGGCCUCUACCAGCGCCGCCCGCGCACCCAGGCCUCGGACUCGGACCCAGGAGCCGAGACCCCCGGCCCCGAGGCCAAGACGCCCGCCAGCCGCGUCCGCAAGUCCAUCAACAAGACGCUCGAGAAGAUUGUUGAUGCCGCCAACAUUCCCCUCCCCGACUCUCCUCUAUCCGUUAGCAAGUCCAAGGCCAAGGCUGCGGCCGACCAGGCCCUCACUCUUGUCGAGAAUGACGCCGAUGACGCGCUCGCUGUGAUUAAGACUUACACAAAGUCGGUCGUCAAGUUUGUCGACGGCCGCAAGGUUGCUGUCGAGGGUGUUGUCCGCGAGGCUCGCGAGAUCCUCUCGACCCCGCACGGCAUCCUCGCCGCGGCCAUUGGCAUCGAGGAGGCGUUCCUCUACCACUCGGUGACCCCGUUCAACAGGUACACGGUCGUCUUCCCCCCGAGCACGACCGACCGGGGUUCUAUUGCCCAGCUCCUGCGCACCGUCUUCUUCUGGUUCCCCCGCGUGUCGUGGACCUACUGGCUCCCCACCCUCCACUCGUUUGGCCGCGACUCGGACUUUUGGCCCGCCCUUGCGUGGUGGUUCUUCGCCACGAUCCUCCCACCCCUCGCCCUCUCCACUGUUGUCAGCUUUGUGCCGCAGAAGGGUGUGCACCGUGGAGGUGCGACCACGCGCUACCAGGCUGCCAACCCCCCCUCGCCCACCAUUGACGCGCUCACGUUUGCCCUGUUCCGUCUUGCCAUCCUCCUCGUCCCGCUCACGUCGGCCGCUCCGACCACUCUGGUUGACGCGCUCGAGCAGAGUGGCAACUCGCAGGCCCGUGCCCUCGGCGCUGGUCUCGUCGCCGCCCUCCUUCUUGCCGAGCGCCUCGCUACUGGCUACAAGGCCUAGAGGGGGUGCGUUCGUUCCACGAGCAGGCGCCGGUCACUGGUGACCCAUCUAUUCACAUCUCGUGUCCACCCUCCCCCUCCCCCAACCCCCUUCUGAAAGUCUCCUUCCUUUCUCUUUUUUGCUUCAUAUCUUUCUUGAUACUCGACUCUAUUGUCUUCUUCCCAACAUCUUUUUGUUUUCCUCUCCUUUGAAUACUCCAUGUAGCUUGGCCGUUGUGUCGCGUUGCAUGUCGAGGUAAUAUGCAUACCCCCUGUUCGAGCUUGA